GUGGAUGAAGGAAUAUUAUCUUUAUUCUUCUACUCCUUGAAUUCUCCUCUAUUUCACAGAAGUACUUAGCACCUUCUGUACCAAUUAAUUAACCCCCAGUCGACCCAAAGUCAGGCUAUCCAGUCUGAUGAUAGAUGGAAUCAGCAAAUAGCAAAACAAGCUAUUAAAAGACGCUCUUCCUGCAGCUGCUCUGACCAAGGCCGGAGUCUGGAGUGACCUGCAGAGCCAACAGAAGAAGAGAAGGGAAUAUGAAACAAGACUGGAGAUCUGAAAGUGCCUGGCGGGUGUCUUGUUGUGCAGCCCCGCUGCAUCAAGAACGCGAGAGGCUGGGCCCAGCCACACUUCCAAUGCAUCGGCAUCGUCAUCUCAGAUAAAAUCCCACUCAGUUGGGCACGUCGCAGGCAACCGGAUCUUAUUUCUUCUCCUUGUCGCUUUACUGUCUGAUAUUUCUUGAGAGCCCAACAUCAACAGCCGUUCCUCUCUCCGUGGCUGACUAUCGACGCCGGCUUCCAUACAUACGGUUGUUGACAGCGCUUCUUGCAUAUACUCCGACCGCAGUGUUGGUCGUACAAAGCUCCAGUUUUUUCGACUUUCAUUCUUUGGCUGCAUCGAAUCGGCAAUCUAAUAGCACUCUGUCACUGAGAUGGAACUCUAAUUGAGUUCCCCUAGACCUUCGACACAGCCAGCCCGAGAAGAGUGAGGACGGUGUUUCACCCGAUCUGCGGCGUUAACCCAUCGGGCUCCGUUGAUUUUGACCUUUCACAACUUUGACAACAUUGUCGCGGGACUCAGAUUUAGCAACAGGAUGUCUGAAGGAAGCUUUCCCGUGCCGAUAAACGGGACUACGGCUCCAAGCCAUUCUGAUAGCGGCCUUGCGCGAGAUCCUUCAUAUAAGCGGAGACCCUACCAAAGUGCGGAGCCUUCGCUCCAAAACCCUGGGUUUAAUGAUGUGGUCAAUUCCAAGAUUCCAGUGGGCUCUCAGCCUCGGUCUAUAACAGCGAGUUUGGGCCCUUCUGCACUGCCGGAUGAUCAUAUCGCACCAGAAGCCUCGAUGUCUGCAGAUCACGAAGACGGUGGGAAAAGAGCAUCAGUCGUGCGAAAUCACUCGACACGUUUGAAUCGAUCGGAUACGGUGCGGUCGUCAUCGGGAGAACAACAUGACUGGGCGUUUAAUCGAUCUCCUUUGCAGAAGCUCGAGGUUGCUUUGAGCGGUAUCAGUAAAGAGGAAAAGAGAGCUCGCGCACUGGAAGCCGAAAGAAAGCUGAAGGAGCGAAUGGCGACGACAGUAGCAGCGAAGUCUGGAGGGUCGCCUGCUCACGAAGCACAUCCCCGCAGUACUACCAGAACGCAUCCGCAGCGCAUGGCCGAUUCCCGCGAUGCGCCCAUCCCAACUCGGAGAGAGCCUAAAAAAGAGCCUAAGCUGCAGCUGAAUGGGGACGAUGAAAAGCAGGGUAGCACGGCUCCUCAGCCUGAACCUAAUCUCGAAAAGUUCACCGUUUCACGUAUUAGCGAGCCGCCAGUCAACGAUCCCGACUCACGUACACUUGUCGAAUCUCAGAAAGCAGGCAUCAAGCCGUCAGUCAAGCAAGUGGUUAAAGGGGGUGUUGUCCCUCGACGUGCAGUCUCAAUCAGUCACCAAGCAGAAGAGCCUCGCAUGUCCCCACGGGCGUCGAGUCAAGCCCCGUCCCGGAGUAACGAUGCUCUGUUUGCCCAGGCUCCACUAUCCCCGGCUCCCCAGACAUCUCGCUCCCCUAAAAGUGGUUCUGCAGUCGAGCCUAUCUCUCGGACAGCUACCCAGCCUGUUGCCGCCACUACUCGAGGAACUAGUGGGCCUGAAAGUGCCUCUCAACAAACUAGACAGAACGGACACCAUGCCGAUCCACCGGCGGCUGGGGCCGCUAACUUAAAUUCCAACCGCGACAUUCAAAACAGCCGCGAAUCCAUGGUGCCUAGCAGCAGCGAAAACGUGCAACGUCUACAGACCAAAUCGAAACGCAAUACAGUCUCGUUCGACGUGCCACCGCCAACACCACCUCCACUUUUUGAAUGGAAGGCUGCGCCAAUUGCGAGACUUGAAAUCUCGGAUUUUGACUUUCAAACACUGGACGUGAAUAAGAGCAAGGCAUGGUGGGAGGGCGGAGGCACCCAAGAUCGCCGGCAGAGUAGGGCGCUACCGAAAAAUUACCAAAAGCCCCCUGCGCAAAAGCUUGCUUCUAAUAACCGCUUUCAGCCAUUGAUAUUCCUGAAAUCAGGGCCUCUGCUUCGGUACUCGGGCUUGAGGCGUGUUCGAAUAGACGGACCAAACGGACCGAUCAACAAAGAGACUUGGAGAGGCAGUAUUUUAAUCGUGACCAAGGACUCAAUCUCGUCGUAUAAUCCACCGCCGACUAUACGGUUAUUCUCUCAGCCUAUGGACCUUCUACCACCCCCUCCAGCCCAGAUCAACAGCGAAGGAGUGAAGCUGGCACCUGAGUAUAUUGACCCUACAGCUGGGCUGAUGAAGCUGGGUCGAGAUGGCCGACCUCUUUUUGUCAAACCGGUCGACCAUACAGAAGAGGAACUCGAUCUCUCCUUCGUUGAGAACGACGAUGGGAUAUAUGAGAUGACACCGAGCGCGGUUGAUUAUCGAACGGAAAGCCUUCAGCAACCGGUUCCGGCGAAUCGAAUCCAUUCAAUAGACGGGGAAUCAAUUGGAGCAUACAAGGAAGUUCCGGGUGCCCGCCUCUAUGCUGAUUCUGGCAGAGAUGUCACCUUCUGGAAAUUCAACAUCGAGGUCGAGUUAGGUGAGCAGCAGCAACGUGUCGCUUAUCGUCUGAACCAAGGACCUGCACUGGGGUUCUGGGUACCAGCCAAGGGGCAGCCAAUGAACAUAAUGUUUCAUUCCGGAAAUGGUUUCAGUCCCGGCGUAGACUCCAGCAAAUUAUGCGGCCCGGACCCCCUCUGGCGGGACGUGCUCAACGAGCACCAAACUCGUCCGUUCCAUGUGAUGAUCGGCGGAGGUGACCAAAUCUUCAACGACAAAGUCACUGCCGAGUCUUUACAUUUCCAGGAAUGGCUCAAGAUCAAAGACCCCAGUGAGAAAUAUGGCACCACGCUCAACGCCGAGUUCAAGGCAGAGUUGGAGACCUCAUAUCUGGAGAACUACUCAAGGUGGUUUUCGCAAGGACUUUUCUCCCUCGCCAAUUCUCAGAUACCCAUGGUGAACAUCUGGAAUGACCACGAGAUUCUUGAGGGGUUUGGAUCCUAUCCCGACGAAUUCAUGAGUUCAGCUGUGAUCUCGGGUCUCGGUAAUAUUGCGUUCAAGUACUACCUUUUAUUCCAACAUCACAGCGUUCCGGAAGAAACAGAGGUCGACGAACCCAGCUGGCUUUUUGGGGCGGAGCCGGGGCCAUACAUCAACCAGUGCAGUCGGCAUUUGUUCAUGUCCCUUGGUGAUGGAAUAACCUUCCUUGGACUCGAUUGCAGGACCGAGCGGAUGAGCGAUGAGAUUCUCAGCGAGCAUACUUACGACCUGAUCUGGGAUCGGUGCCACCGCGAGAUUGUCAGGGGCGAGACGAAACAUUUGAUAGUGCUGCUGAGCAUUCCCGUUGCAUAUCCCCGAGUGGCAAUUGUGAAGAACAUUUUAAAUAGUCGACAGUCUUUAGGUAAAGCUGGGCUCUUCGGCGGCCUAGUAAACAGACACGGCGCGAGAAUCGAAAUUUCCGACGAUCACUGGACAGCGAAGCACCACAAAUCAGAGAGAAAGUAUCUGAUUGAAGACCUUCAGGAUCUUGCUGCAGAAAAAUCUGUCCGGGUUACGAUUCUUAGUGGUGACGUGCAUCUAGCAGCAAUUGGGCAAUUCUACUCAAACCCCAAUUUGAAAGUCUCCAAGGACAAGGACUACCGAUACAUGCCUAACAUCAUCUCGUCCAGUGUUGCAGAUAUGCCGACUCCUGAGAUGAUUUCGGAUACACUCAACCGACGAAAUCAGGUGCAUCAUAUGGAUACUAACACAGAUGAAGAUAUGAUCCCUAUCUUCACGCACGACGUCAAUAAUAAAGCUCGUAACAACAAGCGACUGCUACCGCGGCGCAAUUGGUGUUCGAUCCGCGCGUAUGAGCCUGGCGCUACUCCACCAACAACCCCAGAAUCCGAACCUGUAGUGUCUCCACAGGAGCCACGUCCAAACGUGCUACAAAGGACACUGUCACUAACUCGCGGUGACCGACCUCCAGGUGGCCUUAUACGAAGACUCUCGAAUAGGGCACGCCCACCCACGAAGGACUUCAAUUUAGGUAACGCUCCACCUGCCCGACGAAUGAGCAUAGACGGACCAUUCCCACCAGCGGGCGCGGACAACUCCUACUUCCCCCCUGCCGCGGACUUCCGACCAGGCCCCUUCCUUCGGCGGCCAACGAACUUGAGUCAGAAGGCCGCAAAGAAUGCCGCAAAACGCGGCGACGACGGUGCAGGAACCUUUGUCAAUCUCGAGGGAGGUUUGGACGUGACGCUGAACCUGGAACUCAACCCGAAGGACCCAUCAGGUAUCACGACGCCAUACAAGCUCCUUAUUCCAGCACUAUGGUUCGAGGGCGCCGAAUUUGACCCCCCUCCAGAGCCUGUUACCAAGGGAUGGCGAAAGUGGCUACCGAUGCGACGGAACGUGUCUAGCAAACCAUCUUUGAACGAUGAUGGGGCAGAAGACGAUUAUAGCGACGAGGAAGAGCACGGCGCCUACCCACCCGCUCCUAAGCAACCACAAACGCAUGAUGAACGGGUGGCUGCACCUGCACCUGCGCCUGCGCCAGCAACAGCAACCGGGCAUCGACAUCAUCAACCAUACUAUGACGAGUACGACGAUGAUGAAGAGGAGUCGGAGCUGUUCCUUGAACCCGAGCCACAGUCACGACCAAAUGUGAAGCGCAGCACAAGCAUAAAGAAGUGGUUCGGGCGAUCGUGAUGGGAACAGAAAGUACAGAUUUUUUUAAUGAUGUUAUUCUUAUGACGUGUAUCUAUGAUGAUUUGAUGAUUUAUGAUUGCCCUGGGGCGCUGUGUAUAUACCCGGGAAUUGCAUGGAGCAGGGUUUACAAACUCUAAUUCCCGUUCGUUGUUUCAAGAGUGCCCUAGUUUGAUUUUUUCUGAUACCAUUGAACAUCCUCGGUUGGCUUUGAUUCUGCUUUGAAACCAAUGCCGCUCCAUUUUGGGCACGGAAUCGGUACUCGUCGUUCUUGUGUUCACCUGCCGAUUGUACAGCAAAGUAUGUAUCGGUUGAUGACAUCGGGAGUUGCGCUUCUUCAGGAGUGGUAAUGACGAUUUCAUGAUGCCAUGUGAUCUCCAAACUCCCCAUGGGGUUCAAAGCUCUUCGUGCAAAGCCUCGCUACAGUAGAUCGAAGUACCGACGGCAUUUCCCGCAGGUACUAUAUAUAUACAUGCACCACGUAUACAGAGAGCCCUCCUAUCCGGCAUAGAGUUGAGCGC